AUGUGGGAAACAGGGAUAGUGACAGCUGCAGCAUUUGGGAUUCAAAGCCACAUCACUAAAGGAUUUACUUCUGGGACUUGGAGCAGCAGCCUUCAGAGAGGGGCGCGUCUGAAACUUGUGAUGGCGCCUCCCACACUGUUUUGGAUGCUGAUGUUGGUUGCCACCGCAACUGGGGCCCGCUCUGGCGGCGAGGAGAAUGAAGUGGAUUAUGGGCACUGGAACUACAGAGAGGGAGCUGACCAUGUGAAUGUGGCAACAGUGCGCAGUGUGACCCGGGUGUUGGAUGCGUGGGGAAAACGCAUAUUCAAUGAGAUUAAAACUUUACUGCACUCUCAGCCAAGUGCGCUGCUGCCUGACUACUCCAGGGUGCGCCCUCUGUCUGAGUCUGUGAACGACCUGUUCAGGGAAGUGUCGCUGCUGCAUCUGCGCAUCACGGAGCUCACCCAUCGCCUAGCAACCCUGGAUCCGUUCCUCCGUCACCACGGUUACCACGGGGAGGGGGCGGUGACGCCUCUGAGGAGGCACGCGCCAGGUCCAUCCAGGGGCACGAGGGUCCUGCGGAGGAGACGAGUGAAGAUCUUUAACACUGGCGGAGUCCAGGUGUUGCAGCCGGACACGUGA